AUGGCCUCGCGGCUCCGGCUCGGCCAGCCCAGCCCGAACCCCGGCCCCAGCCCCAGCCCCAGCCCCGGCGAGGGGAAGAUAGAAGAAGGAGAAGGGAGGAAGCCGGAGCCGCGGCGAGAGGUGACGGAUCUGGGCGGCGGGAGCGAGGUGGUGCACAUCCCGCGGUUCAUGGCGCGGGAGAGGGCGUGGGAGCUGUUCGAACACCUCGACAAGCGCAUCCCGUGGACGCGCCCCACCAUCCGCGUCUUCGGCCGCUCCGUCGUCCAGCCCAGAGAUACCUGCUAUGUGGCAGAUAAAGGGCUAACAGAUUUGAGGUACAGCGGCCAUCAGCCUCAUGCGCAUUCUUGGGAUGAUUUCCCAGUGCUCAAGGAUAUCUUGAAAGAGGUCCAUGAAGCCCUCCCAGGAAGCCACUUUAACAGCCUGCUGCUGAACAGAUACAAGGGAUGUUCAGACUAUGUGUCGUGGCACGCCGGUGACGAACCCCUCUACGGGCCUACCCCGGAGAUCGCGUCCGUCACAUUCGGGUGCGAACGUGAGUUCUUGCUGAGGAAGAAGCCUGCCAACACACAAUCACAAGCAGCUGCUGGUGAAUCUGGGGAAACGGCUCGGAAGCGGCUCAAGGUCAGCGCCCCUCAGCAGCAUUCGUUCCUCCUGAAGCAUGGCUCGUUGCUCGUGAUGAGGGGCUACACCCAGCGGGACUGGCAGCACGCGGUGCCCAAGCGUGCGAGGGCGGCCUCGACGAGGAUCAACCUGACUUUCCGGCAUGUGUUGCCAUGA